AUGUCAGGAUGUCUACACGGCGUCAACACAGCCAACAUUUCCGGAAUAAUGAGUUUGGCUCCGUUCGAAAAGGCCUUCGACUUCGAUGACAAAAGCAAAAUACAAGUCUCCAAUCUGAAAGGGUGGAUCACAUCAUGCGUCUUAUUGGGAUCAUGCAUGGGUGCUCUUAUUGCUGCCCCUAUCUCAGUGAGAUAUGGCCGCAAGAUCAGUCUUCAGGUGUUCAGUAUGCUAUACAUUAUCGCAGCCAUUCUCAUGGCAGCCAAUUAUGGUGGCUCACGGGGCCUUGCUCAGCUUUUCGUGGGACGAGUCCUCUCAGGUACUGCCUCCGGGGCUGCCAGUGUCGCCGGGACAGCCUUCAUCGCUGAAAUCUCCCCAAAGGUUAUCCGCGGUGGCCUAUCGGCGCUUUACAAUGCGAGUACAAUGAUGGGGAUCUCAUUGGCAUUCUGGAUUAAUUAUGGAUCCCUGCUGAACAUCUCGUCGAGCAGCAACGCCCAGUGGCAAGUCCCUGCGGGUGUCCAGGCUUUCCCUGGGGUCAUUCUCUUUUUAGGGCUCUUUACACUCCCUGAAUCUCCUCGCUGGCUUGCAUCCAAGAACCUGGUCGAAGAAACGAUUGCCUCUGUCACAAACCUGCGCCAGCUUGAUGCAAACCAUCCAUUUGUUCAGGAAGAGUUGACCGAGAUCCUGGGUUCAGCACCGACUGCCCAGCAACUACUGGAACAAACCAACUCCUCGCUCCUCACGCGACUGAGAGUAGUUCCGAAUCUUUUGAAGAGAUUUGCUUUCGUGAUCCUUGUGCAGACAUUCUUUCAAUUCUCGGGAGGCAAUAUCAUAACCUACUAUAAUACCACGAUCUUAGGUUCUCUCGGCUUGUCGGAUCCCAAAGUCAAUUUUCUCUUUUCGGGGAUAUAUGGGCUGGUCAAGGUAUUCGCGGUUCUGAUUUAUGUCUUCUACUUCGUUGAUGCAUGGGGACGCCGCCCUUUACUCUGGUUUGGUUCGACGAUUGUCAUUGUUUGCUUGACCUAUAUGACGAUAUACCUGGCUGUGCUGCAAGAUCUUCCAGGCCACAAAGCCGCCGGAUGGGCGGCUAUUGUUGCAAUUUUCCUCUAUGCAAUUGGCUAUGCACUUUCAUGGGCUACCGUCCCAUGGAUUAUCAAUGCAGAAGUAUUUCCCAUGUCCGUGCGUGCAGUGUGUAUGGCCGCAACUAUCACCUGGCAAUACUUGGUAAACUUUGCCCUCACUCGGGCAAUGCCGAACAUGAUGGAGAGCAUGGAUACCUAUGGACCUUUUGCCCUGUUUGCCUGUGUCACAGCUAUCGCAUUUGUUUACAGCUUCUUUGCCUUCCCUGAAACAAAGGGGUUGAACAUGGAAGAUAUUAAUACCCUUUUCGAAGCCCCGUGGUACAAAAUAGGCCGUGCAAGUGUCAACAUGGUUCGGCAGAAAACAGCACAAUCGGCUUUCAGGCAGGAAGAAGUUGCUAAAGAUGAUGUCAACUUUCAACAUUGUGAGAGACUCAAUGGUCAGAUUUAG